GCUCACUCUCCACAUUAUUUUCAUUUUUCACCUACCCGCUAAGCUCUCUCACUUCUCUCACUUCACUCCUUCAUUUUCACCAGCCAACGAGUUUGGCCUCCGACGAUUUUCACACUUUCUAUUCCACGCAAUCUCCAUCUCUCAAUCUUGUUUCGGUACUUAGUUUUAUUGAUUUUUUGGUUGGUGUGAUAAUAUGGACUACAGUUCUGAAGAAGUGUCAGAUAUUAGUGAUUCUGAGAUCAAUGAGUACAUAGAGAAACCGUAUGAAGAGCUGAGGGCUGGGAAGUACAAAGUACGGGUUAGCGGCACCUUAAGAUGCCCCUUUUGCGCUGGGAAGAAGAAACAAGUUUACAAGUACAAGGACUUGCUUCAACAUGCAUCGGGAGUGGGUAAAGGAUCUGCUAACAGAAAUGCGAAACAAAAGGCAAACCACCUUGCCCUGGCAAAGUAUUUGGAGAUUGACCUAGCUGGUGAAACAGACCAAACUCAAGCUUCAGUUGUAUCAAAACCUGUCAAUAGAACUCCGGAGCAAGAAGAUACCUAUGUGUGGCCAUGGAUGGGAAUUAUUGUUAACAUUGUAAGUGAUCCAAAAGAUGGAGGAGAUGUGAAUGAUUGUGGAUAUUGGUUGAAGAAGUUUGCUAGAUAUAAACCUUUAGAGGUUUAUACUUUCUGGAAUGAACAAAAUCUCACUACAGAGGCCAUCGUGAAAUUUAACAGUGAUUGGAAUGGUUUCAUGAAUGCAGCUGAAUUUGAGAAGGUGUUUGAAAGUGAUCAUCAUAGUAAGAAAGAUUGGAAUGAACGGAAAACAAGCCCUGGCUCAAGUAUAUAUGGCUGGUGUGCACGUGCUGAUGAUAGUGAGUUUGAAGGGCCAAUCGGGGAGUAUAUUCGCAAGGAAGGGAAGUUAAGAACAUUCUCUGACAUUGUGCGGGAAAAAAAUCAAGACAAAACGAAUGUUGUUGCAGACCUUGCCAGUAAGAUAGAUAUGACGAAUGAAAAUCUCAAUGAACUGGAAUACAAGUACAAUGAGAAGACCAUGUCUUUGAGCAGGAUGCUUGAUGAGAAAGACAAACUACACUAUGCUUUUGUUGAAGAGACAAGAAAGAUGCAGCGGCUUGCUCGUGAUAAUGUUCGCAGGAUCUUGGAAGAACAAGAGAAACUCAGUUGUGAUUUGGAGGCUUGGAAGAAGAAAAUUGAUGACAGGAGCAAAAAAUUGAACAAGCUUGAAGCGUCAACAGAGCGUGAGAGGCAAAAACUUGAAGAAGAGAGAAAAAAGUAUGAUUCAAGAAAUAACUCACUUCAGCUGGCUUCAAUGGAGCAGAAAAAGGCUGAUGAGAAUGUCAUCAGACUCGUUGAAGAGCAAAAGAGGGAGAAAGAAGAGGCCUUAAACAAGAUAAUACAAUUGGAAAAACAGUUGCAUCAAAAACAGAAGCUGGAAAUGGAAAUUGAAGACUUGAAAGGCAAAAUAGAGGUGAUACAACAUCUUGGAGAUGCAGAUGAUGCAGCAGUACAGAAGAAGAUGAAAGAGAUGAAAGAUGAGCUGGCAGAGAAAGAGGAGAAUUUGGGUUCUUUGGAGGAAUUAAGUCAAACUCUUAUCACCAAAGAGCGUCAGAGCAACGAUGAACUACAAGAAGCACGUAAAGAGUUAAUUCAGGGUUUUGUAGAUAUUUUGGGUGCUCGUACGAUUAUUGGAAUAAAGAGAAUGGGGGAGAUUGAUCCAAAGGCAUUUCAAAAGGCAUGCAAGCAGAAGUUUUCACUGGAGGAAGCACAGGUGCAGGCCUCCACUCUUUGCUCCUUGUGGCAGGAGAAUUUGAAGAACCCGGAGUGGCACCCUUUCAAGAUAAUAGAAGGUGGUGGGAAUGCCAAGCCCGAGGAAAUUAUAAACGAAGAUGACGAGAAGCUACAAAAACUUAAAGAGUUGGGGGAUGAGAUAUACGAGGCAGUUGUAACUGCUCUUAAAGAAUUGAAUGAGUAUAAUCCUAGCGGGAGAUAUGCCAUUCCAGAGAUAUGGAACUUUAAAGAAGGAAGAAAAGCCACACUAAAGGAGGCCAUUGCUUAUGCUGUGAAUAAUAUCAACAAACUCAAGCGCAAGAGAGUUGGUGGCCAAGUUUCAUUUGUAGGUUGAUAGGAUGGAAUGGAAGAUGAAGUUUUUGGGCGGAAGAGGGCAACAAGUGAAGUCGAAAGUCAGGGCCAUUUUUCUUUCGACCAAUUUGAUCCUUGUGUAAGUACAUGCAAAUACAGAGAAGUAGAAAAACUGAAAUUAUGUUAGGUCACUAGAUUGAUAGUGAACUGUUAUUUAAGAACUGAAACACUCAGUGACCGCAGUUUCGACUUUCAAAUUCUCAACAUUCAGGAUUUUCGUUCUGAAAUCCUGAAUUGCGGUGAACUUUUACUGAAUCUUAUGAAUAUCUAACACUUGAAUUCUAGCAA